AUGGCCACUUUUUUUCAGAGCGUUCGUCAGGGGUUUGGCAGGGGAGGAAACAACAAAAACCAACCCCCCAAGAAUCCCGCGCAAGCUCCGCAAGACCCUCGAUCCGGCACCAUGUCCAACUCGCCCUCGUUGUCCAACAGCUUAACUAUUGAUAACCUCGCCGCAAAUGACCCCGAUGCCCCCAAGUACUUUUUCCAGGAGAAGUAUGCCCCGCUCAACGUCAGGGGUAACUUCUUGACCUUGUGUGCUUGCCCUAAGAACGUUGAGCUUGGCGAAUGGCUGGCUCACCAGAUUGUUGAACAAUAUCGUCUGCUCCACGGCAUGCUUCAGGUCAUUCAAGAGGUCAAUGGUGUGAACGGACUUCCCAUUUGCAAUGAGGGCACAUGCCCGACAAUGUCCGCUGGUCGGUUGACCUAUACCUGGCUCGUCGACGGCCGUGCCGCCAAGAUCUCGGCUCCAAAGUUCAUCAACCGCGUCGAGAAGUGGAUUGUUAGCAAGAUCCACGACCCGGUCAUGUUUCCCACCGAGAAAGUGAAUGGUAUCCCCGAAACCUCCUCGAUCAGGGACGCAGCGACCGGCGCGGCAGGCCCAACCCCGGAAGACGCGAACCCGACAAACGGCAAUGGCACCGAUGAUUGGAUUGGCAAGUCUAGCGGUUUCCCCCAGACAUUCUACAAGGAUUGUCAGGGCAUCAUGAAGCAGAUGUUCCGCUGCUACGCGCAUCUGUACCACGCGCACUGGCUGAACCCAUUCUGGCAUAUCAACAAGCAUGACAUCCUAAACAUGUGCUUUGUGCACUUUGUGACGGUGGCCAAGUACUACCAGCUGGUCUCGGACAAGGAGAUGGAGCCUAUGCAGCCUCUGAUCGACCUUUUCAUCAAACAGCAGCGAGUGCCUCCGGAGGCACUCAACGGUGGCCACUGGGCCCAGGUCUCGACCUAG